AUGCCUGCACAACGUGCUGGUAGUCCCAAGAAACGCAAGACAAAGCAUAAAGCUGUGGAUUCUGAUCUCGGGAAGACACUUGGCAGCAUUGAAGAGAAGGCAAAUAAAGCCCCCACAGUCAGUGCUGGGAAGGGGGGUAGGAAUAGUCAGCUUGAGAGAAUUAGUGCCUUGUUGGAGGCGCCUGGGCGGGCAACCAAACCCAAAGGCUCAACCACCCUUGAUUCUAACGUUCCUGUGAACCCUCUCACUCCAUUACCACCUAGCAAGGGUCAUGGGAGUCACUCAAAGGCUCCUCCACUGUACAGUGCCUCACAGCCAGUGGUAGAUUCCAGUGCUCCGCCUCCAAGGAAACAAGGCAAAAAGUCAAGAAGAUUGCUGCCUUUGCCUCCAGCAUCGAGGCGCCCAAUCAACCAAACUUUGUAUGGCAUGAAGAUGAUCCUUCUCUCCGGCCAAUUGGUCAGGAAGCACAAGGUGAAGCUAGCUAUCGCAGCACCUCCCUCCCGUCAAUUGGCCAGGAAGCUUGAGCUGAACAACACUGAUGAAGAAAGUGAUAAGGACAAUGGUGAAAUUGGUUGGGGAGGAGUCCAUGGGAGUCAUAGUGUGCAUCCUGGCUUUUCAAAGGAAGGAACAUCAGUGCCCCAACCUCAGGCUGUUGCCCUACCUUCUGAUUUUGAGUUCCAGCAUUUGCAAGAUGAAGACAAGAAUGUUGCAAUAGGAUCAUUAACAGUUGACAAGACCUCCAGUAGCAGUAGCAGUAGCAGCAAUAUCAUGAGUGAGCCUACCAAGCCAGAGGAUGUCUUACAGAGUUACCACAAGAAAAAUGGACAUCUGCGCCUCCCUGACCCCAAAAUGCUUGGUCUCAUCCAUUGCCAAGAGACUCAAGCCAUGAAUAUGAAGUCAUGCAACUCUGGUGUUAAGGCUAAGGUCAAAUCAGCCAAGUCUAAGGCACCAACUGAAGGCCCUAAGCCAACCCAACUCAGCUGGUAUCCUCCACAAUGGAAGACCUUUCUUGAGGAGGCAAAAUCAGAGUGUCAUGUCCAGCAUGUAAUCGAGAAUGCAUUCCUGGACACCGUCAAGGAUUUGCCUCUUUCAGUCACUGAAGCACUUAUGUCAUCACUCAUCAAAUGGCUUGAAGCAGGUAACAAGGUGGAAGCAGGUAUAUGGCCUGAGCACAAGGCUGAUACGGCCAAGUUGCUAUAUGAAGACUUAUCAACCUGGCACUCUGACCUCAAGAAGAUAGCUAUCAGCAUCAUGCCCUCCAUGUACAACCUCAUCCCCCCAGCUGAGGUACCUCCUCAAGCUCGCACUGCCUGGGUUGAGAACGCUGCUUCAGAAUUGUUGGACGAGUCUUUCUUUCUUCGCGACGGCGUGGAUGACCUUGGGAAAACCAACAAUGCUGCUCACCCUGCACUCAAGGCAGCUGCUGUCACCUUCUUCUACACUGGUUCCUAUCGCAUCACUCACAGGAGACCCAAUGUCUUCAAAGAGGAGUUACCUUUGGAGUCUUUGGCUUUGGUUUGCACUGCGUACAACUGUGUCUUCAAUGGACUAAUCAAGAAUGGCAGUGGCAAGUAUUUUCCGAAGUUUACUGCCAAAGACUACUCCUCUGUCUAUUUCUCAAUGGUUGCCGAACUCAAGAAUAUCAUGAAGCAUGAGUAUCACGGCCCUAAGUUGACACAACAGCUUCAUGAGUGGGCUGCAGAAGGAUGGGCGCAGUCCUGCAAACUCAAUGGCAAGGGCACAUCAAAGCAUCAUCAUUUGCGGGUCCUGCUUGAUUAG